UUUGACGAUUAUUAAUCUAAGAAACACAAAAUCAUUUUGUAAAGAGGCUGAGGUACAGAGGCAGAACGAAAUCUUGACAUUUCCGAUACAGAUAAAGAAAGAAGUUGUUGUUCGCCUGUGAUGUUUUGAAUGAUAAAUGGAGAUGCUCAAGGCGCAGCCACUGAAAGAGUGGUCGUACAGAGAGCCGGUGCCUAUGUACGCGGGCGAUUCCGACGAGGUCAGUGGAGGCAGCAUUGAAGCCGCCAUGGACACUGUGGAAGAUUUUCAGGAAAGUUCGAGGAGGAGCCAAGGGAAUGGGAGUCUGGUCCAGCCCACUCGGACCAGUGAGGUUACUCUCGCGUUCGAGGGCGAAGUCUAUGUGUUUCCUGCUGUGACGCCCCAAAAGGUGCAAGCAGUGCUGUUACUGCUGGGAGGGCCUGAUAUACCUGUUAAAGAGCCUAGUUCUGAGUUUCUGCUACAACAAAGAGACAUGGGUAUAGCUGGUAUCUCGGAAGAAUCAAAACUUUCACGAAGAGUUGCUUCCCUGGUUAGGUUCCGUGAAAAGCGAAAAGAAAGAUGUUUUGAAAAGAAAAUUCGAUACACUUGUCGGAGAGAAGUUGCUCAAAGGAUGCAGCGGAAAAAUGGACAGUUCGCAUCAUUGAAGGAGCCUUAUGACGUGGAGUCUGCAAACUUUGAACAAAGCAAUGGCACUAACCCUGAAUCAGCCAUGCGAAGUUGUCAGCAUUGUGGGAUCAGUGAGAAAGCCACUCCAGCUAUGCGUCGGGGGCCAGCUGGUCCAAGGUCGCUCUGCAAUGCUUGUGGCCUAAUGUGGGCGAACAAAGGAACUUUGAGAGAUCUUACAAAAGGUGGGAGAAAUGCUUCUUUUGAUCAAAAUGAGCCGGUAACUCCAGCUGAUAUUAAGCCUUCAACCAUGGAGACAGAAAAUAUAUAUGCCAACCAUGAUGGGCAGGGAAGUCCAGAAGACAUGAAGCCUGAACCUUUGGGUUCUGGGAUUCCUGGAAGCCAAAAUGAACAGGACUUAUUAGACAUUGAUGAUGCUAUCACUGAUCCACUUUCCAUCCAAGUAGAAAAUUCAUCAGUCAAUCUUGAUGAUGAGAUUUUACAGGAAACUCUGGAUGAGCUUGCCAAUGCUUCAGGUUCAGGAUUUGAGAUCCCCGUGCAUUUUGAUGAGCAUGUAGUGGAUUUUUGACGGCUUUGGUAUGAGGGGAGAGCAUGCGCUUCAGCUGGUUUUAAAAGCUGUUAUCUUUAGAUUCCCCUGCAAAGAAGUUCCUGAAUCCUGAAGACAAAUAUUCAGGCCAGCGUCGAUGACUCCAACGUUGGGCAAGAUUUGUCUGGUGACCUGAUAUCAUGUCAUCAUCCAGUUGUGAAGUAAAAGAUGAAUUUACUAACAUUAGAUAUCAAGAGAUGCUUCAUGUUUUUAGUCACAGAAUAUACUUGUGCCUGCAUGGAUAUUGCCUUCUACCUAGUUCAGUUUAUAGAAUGUGUAUAAUCUCAUCACCCUUUAUUUAAGCAAUGUGUUAGCUUCUGUUUGCACUGGAAAGUAAGAGUGGAUAAAAAGGUUUAGUGCUUGGUAUUUAUAGACAAUGGUUGCUAGA